GAAAGAGUAAAGGCUGUGAUUGUCAUUCUGGUCAGAAACAACGAAUUGGAACCCAUGAGACGAACCCUGCGUGAAUUUGAAGAUCGCUUUAAUCGAAAGUACGGUUACCCAUAUGUCUUCCUAAACGACGUCCCAUUCACAAAGGAAUUCAAGAUUGCCGUCACUGCCCUGACUAAUGCCCCGAUCAAGUUUGGUCUGAUCCCUGAAGAAAUGUGGUCAAUCCCAGACUGGGUGGAUGAGCCAAAGGUCCACGAACAACUGGCUGACUACGAAGCCCGUAACAUCCUCUACGGUGGCUCCCUUUCAUACCGCCACAUGUGCCGCUUCAACUCGGGUUGGUUUUAUCGUCAUCCUCUUUUGAAAAACUAUGACUAUUAUUGGCGUGUGGAGCCUGGAGUUCAUUUUUACUGCGAUCUCAACUACGACCCUUUCAAAUACAUGCAAGAUAACGGAAAGGAAUACGGAUUCACAAUCACUCUCCAAGAAAUCCCUCAGACCAUCCCUACCCUGUGGGACCACACCAUGAAAUUUGCUCAUGCAAACAACAUCGAUACCUCGUUUCUCAGCUUCUUUGGCAGUCCUGAUGGUGGCUACAACAUGUGUCACUUUUGGUCAAACUUUGAAAUCGCCAGUCUAAAAUUGUGGAGGGAUGAUCGCUACCAGGCUUAUUAUGAUUAUCUGGAUUCAACUGGAAACUUCUUUUAUGAACGUUGGGGUGAUGCUAUUGUUCACAGUUUGGCAGCAGGUCUGUUCUUGAACAAGACUCAGGUUCAUUUCUUCAAUGACAUUGGAUAUAAGCAUGACAUUUUUACCCAUUGC